AUGCCCCUCCCCCAGCAGCCGGUUGUUGACGGUUUACAGAUCCCAACACCCAACACGUGCCAUUUGGUCUCUUUUCCUGAGGUCUACGAGCCUUCAGAGGACUCCUUUCUUCUGAUGGAUGCACUGCAGCAGCAGGCGCACCUCCUCAAGGCACUACAACCAUCAACUGUCUUGGAAAUAGGGUGUGGCAGCGGGUGCGUCACUGCCUUCCUGGCAACGCUAUUCCACAGGCUAUACUCAGACGGCCUUCCGAAUGCCUGUGAGGGGCCCCCAGGUGCCCCGCAGGGGGGGCCCCUUAAGGGCCUCGAAUGCCAGCAGCAGACCGCCGUCCGCACGUGCCCGUUGCCCGUCUUCUUUGCGGUAGACAGACAACUCGCUGCCUUGGAUGCAACAAGAAUGACGCUGCAGCGCAACGCCCCCUACGCACAGGCCGAAAUUCUGGGGGCUGACCUCUUCAACGCCUUCAGAAAGCUCGGAAGACGGCAGAGAGAGGGCCCCCCCCGUAACAGCACUGCCAAGGCGUCAGAAAACGAGGCCUCUACGGAUACAGAUGGGGCCCCCAGAGGGUCACCCCUGCCCAAGGACUCAAUGGGCCCCUUCGAUCUCGUCAUUUUUAACCCAGUAAGGGAGCCCCCAGACUGCUUGCAUGCACAACUUCGUGUCCUCGCUGAGUACUGGGGGUGGGAUGCGCUACAGAAAAGCUGCUCUGUGAGUGCGUUUUGUUCGGCCUCCCUCGAUCAGCCUUAUGUCUCAGGAAGCCCCCGAGAUGUCGUGCUUGCGGAGGAUCUUCCAUGGUGGGGUGGUGCGAGAGGACGAGUUGUCAUCGACCGAUUUGUUGAGGACGUUCUCUUGCUCGAACGCAAUAACGAUCCCGAAGAAGUUGUUGAGACACUCAAGUCCUUCGGCUGUCACGCUGAGGGCAGCUCAACCGUAGACACCCUUUGGAAACGAACAAACAUACAUCGCUUUAUAAUACAGUGCACAAACGAAACACACGCUGCUCGAAAAUCACACACGAGUACACACCUCGCAGUUUUACCAAAAAGAACCAUUUGGGGCUCCCGAAGGUAUCGAGACAGCCCCAAGGCGUAUCAGUGCCUUCUGGCUUCGGGGUUUAAUUUUUCCCCUUUACAGGCUAAUGAGUGGAGCCUCGCAGCUCUCGAAUGCGGCAGCCCAACAGAGCGCGCACAUGUGCACUGCCAAGGUAAGGGCCUCAGACGCGUGCAGGUCGGAGGCCAGCAGGAUACCCAACAACCAAGGAUAUCUGCUCGCUGCGCUAGGGGCGGGAGAGGCAGAUAA